GAUUUCACAAGAAGAGACAGUCUCAGAUAGCUCUCACAUAAUUUUACAAUAAGCAUUGCAGUCCAGGUAUUAUAUUUCUUAUCUCAGAUUAAUCACCUCAAGAUGUUGAGCACCAUUGCAGGUCGGAUGUUCGGAGAUGUUGAGACUCCAAAUUAUGAGGUUAUUAGUAAAACUGAUGUGUAUGAAGAAAGAAAGUAUGCUGCUGCUAAGUGGGCAGUCACAAAGGUAGAAGGAAAGAAGUUUAAGGACUCGUCCAGCGAGGGAUUCAUGAAGCUCUUCAAGUACAUCUCAGGAACAAAUGAAACAGGUAAAAAGGUAUCAAUGACAGCUCCGGUGUGCUUCUUUUGCCAGCCCGGUGACGCUGACUGGAAUACAAUGAAACAGGUUUAUAAUGUUGGGUUUUUACUUCCUAAGAAGAAUGUGGAUGACCCACCAAAGCCAAAGGAUGAUGAUAUCACCUACCGGAACACCCCAGAAGCCACCAUGUAUGUGAGAAAAUUUGCCGGUUAUGCUGGCGAGAAAGAGAUCAUCCAAGAAAUCCAGAAACUCCGAGCCGCCCUGACUGAGGACCAGUACAAGGAUGGAUGUUUCUAUUUCUGUGGUUACGAUCCACCCAUGAAACCCGUCGGUAGAACUAACGAGGUCUGGCUUAUUAAGGUUUAGACUAGAGGCAUACUGGCCCUACUGCAAAUACAUGAUUGUACUGUAUUCAAUGGUAUAGCCAGUUAUGUUACUUUUUUUUAAGAUAAAAGCUCUCAAGACACUCCUGAAAUUAUCUUGCAUUUUAUAUCAUCAUUUGGCAAGUAAAAGGGCGAUAUGGCCCCCCCAAAAAAAAUAUUCUUUUACAUUUCUGGUAUCAUCAAUUUUUCAACCAAUAGUGUCAUACAUGUAUAUCAGAAAGUCACAUGUUUAUAUAGUAAUUGUAUCCUACAACUUCCCCCUCAUUCCAUGCUUAGUAGUGAUUUUACACCUAAAAUAAAUGUAUGCAUUCAUUAUUUAAACUAUCUCACAUGUAUACAUGUAGGUGCUAUUACUGUACCCCCCCCCCCAUUGUUUGGUAUUAAAAAAUGUCAGAUUGUACAUGUACAGCAGCAUCUUAUAUAUACAGGAGGUUUUAAAUUAACAUCAAUUAUUGCAGAUCAAUCUUGGGUCAAUAUCUCCAUCAAGAAGGAAAAUUGAUAAAAAAAUGAAAGUCUAAUCAAUACAUUUACACUGAAAGUCUGUAUCAAAAACUAAGAAAAAAAAACCCACUAUGAUUUUGUGUUGUUGCCAACAAAGUUUAAUAGAAACUUUAAUUUCCUCCAAUACAAGCUCUGUGGCAAUUUUUUUUAAAGAUUGAUUAUAAAUGUUUUGUUUCCAAAACAGUAUUAACUUCUUAAAAAUAUUUUCAUUUGUUAUAUAUGCUGUUCCUCAUAUAAAGUUUUCCUUUUUUGUAAACAUGAUUUUUUUUUGUAAAUAAAUUUCUUGAUUAAAUGUGAAUUCUAUAUUUUCAAUAAAUAUCAACAUG